ACUCCUCUCAAGGUGAUGAAGCCAGUAGGUUCGUUUGUCCGGUGACGCUUAUUUCAGAAUAAUAAAAAAAUAUAAAAAUAAUAUGUUAUAGCAGUUAAAAAAUAAAAAGUAAAAUGAGCAAGAGCGAGAAAAAAUACAUGCCGUUUAUGCGCCAGCGUCCAUCGUCGGUUUUGCUCUGAUAGUCGGCAACUUAAUCAUGACACCCAUGGUGGAUACACUUGGCAGAAAAAAGUCCCAUUUGCUUACAAUCUUACCCAACAUGACAGGCUGGUUUAUGCUGCUCAUGGUGAACAGCGUUGCGGGACUGAUUACAGCAAGAUUCCUUCAGGGUGUCGCUAUGGGCAUGCUCGGACCUUUGGGGUCUAUUAUCAUCAGCGAAAUGACAGACCCGAAAAAUCGAGGAGCUUUCCUCACCAGUGUCUCGCUCUCCCUAACGAUUGGUGUCCUGUUUUCCCAUGCAUUAGGGGCUUAUUUUAGUUGGCAACAGAAUGCAUUGAUCUGUUCAUUUAUCACUUUUACCAGCUUGCUUCUGAUCAUCUACACACCUGAAUCGCCGUCGUGGCUGAUAGCAAAAGGGCGUUACGACAAGGGAAGCGAGAUAUUUUUCUGGUUGAGAGGACGUGAUAGGGAGCAGGAGUUGGAGUUGGAAGAUAUGAUCGCAGCUCAGAAAUCGGCCAGGAAAUCGAGUGUCGGUGACCAGAAGCAGCCCAUCGGCACACGGAUUAGGCGUUUGCUUAGUUAUCUAAGGGAAACGUCAAAAAAACCGGAGUUUUACAAACCUAUCAUAAUAAUGUUUUUAUUGUACACUAUGUUCCAAUUCGCUGGCAUAAACGUCAUAAGUUCCUAUGUGAUAGAUAUCGUGCAUCAGUUGGUCGGGCCAGGGGUAAACGCCAAGUUGAUUAUGGUUGCACUGGACAUUGAGAGAUUGGUUUGCAAUAUACUUGCCGUGUUUUUAAUGAAGACCAUGAAACGGAGGACGUUGUUGUUUAGUAGCGGCGCCAUCUGUGUUCUUUCGUACCUUGGGAAGGCGGGUUACGCUUAUAGCAAAGCGAACGGUUUACUUCAUCCACCGUUCGACAACCAAUGGAUACCACUUAUUCUUAUAGGCUCUUACAUGUUUUCCCUUACUGUCGGUAUAUCGUCCAUACCUUUCACAAUAUCCGGGGAAAUAUUUCCCCUUGAAUAUCGGGGAUUGGGAGGUGGAAUCAGUGUUUUAGCACUAUCUUUAAAUUUCUUUGUCGCUGUAAAGUCCUUCCCAAUGUUAAACCUUGCGGUGGGCCUCCCAUGGACUUAUUGUUUGUACGCUGGCGUUGUGGUGGCCUGUCUGUCCGUCAUUUACUUCAUGUUGCCGGAAACUAAGGACAGGACUCUGCAAGACAUUGAGAACAGCUUCCGUGGAUGGACUGCGGAAGACUAUAGAAGUGCACAGCCAUUGAACGGGAAAUCCAUCGUCGAGAUGCGGAGAUGCAGCUCUCAUAUACUUUAUUAGAAUAUUCUUUAGAAAAUUAUGAGACUGGAUGUAAUUUUUUUGAAAUAGCUUCAACUAAUUGUGUAAUAUUGUAAUAUUAUAAAAAAACCUUGUAAUACGGCAUAAUAUGUAUUUAUUCUAAGUAGUAAUAUCGUAAUAAUAGUCUUCAAAAUUUAGCUUGUAAGAGCACAGUGUUUGUUGCAGAGUGUGAAAGGCCAAAUUCUCGCAAAAUGGCCGCGCGUGCAUUGUACAAUAUUCACAUAUUCAUAUUUUUCUUUGCUUUACUAAUGUUUCUUUCUCAGACAGAAGAAUUAUUUAAUUGGUCUGAGGUCCUCCGUCAACUUUAUAGGGAUUUUUAACAAAACUCUUCCUGCGUUUUAUUUGUGUUAUAUAUUGUGUAAGUAUAUUGAAAGUGUAUAAUGAGUUAUUGAGUGUCCUUUUACCGUCCGUUUACGACAUCUAUUGAACGCCUGGUGUAGAUUUAUCUCAUGUAACUAACCGUCAUUUGGUGGCGGCGUUAGUGAUUGCGUCAUCUAUGGUUGCCACCUUUUUUUGAAUAAAUGUCGUAUUUUCCCCAAAAAAUAUGCAACAAUAUAGUGCUUUUGGGAAAUUCAAGAAAAAAAGUACAAUUUUUAAUCGAUACUUUUUUCCAUAAAUAUUUGUGAUUGCUCUUCGCUUUGGCCAUCAAUGAACCUUUAAAAUAAUUAUUGGAAUCUGAGCAAUCUAGAUUCAUAUUAAAAUAAAUUAACAAUUCAUUUUAAUUAAAUUAAUAUCUACACGCUCUAUUUUUUCUUCUCUCCAUUUUACAUAUAUGUGUGAAAAAACUCUUUGCGUAAAACUUACUUGUCCCGAACUUCCAGUCACAGUUAAUAUAAAAUAAAAAAGCUCUACAGUUGAAUUAGGGAUAAAAAUAUAGUAUUUUUCGUAUUAUAUUAUUUUUCUAUAAUUUAUAGAACAAUAAUUGACUGAAAUAUAGUACGAUACUAUAUAUUAUAGUACGGGUGGCAACCCUAUCAUCAUCCCACUUUGUAAGAUUAUGCUGUAAGAGGACAUGUCAGAAAAAUCGUUUGACUGUCAAUAGAGGGCGGUAUAGCCAUUUCGUUUAGUUGUUGAGCCAGUAGUUGACCAUGCAGCGGGGCUUAGAUUGCUCCACCCGCUGAAGCUAAACGCUCUUCAACAAGGCCACAUGAGUAAAGAAACCGACUCUUUACUCUGUGACAAGGCCUCAUUCUUACUUACUAGAGAAGGCAUUCUAAGCAAAAAUUGUGCACUACUCUAUGUCUUUGCACAUAUGCAGUUGAUUUAAGCGCGUUGCGUCUGCGCGGUCAGUUUUUAAUUUAAGCUUUAAUUUGAAAUCUUGUAUUAUUAGCGCCGCUCCACACUGCAUGUAUAUUGAAACCACAGACUAAUUAGUAGAUUGAAACCACACUAAAUGACACACUGUAUGGUUUGCAGUACAGUUCAGUUGAACAUAGUGUACGUUCGGAAUGCGAAAUCUAGUACGUAGUACAUAUAAUAUAUCGAUGAUUGUCAUACGAGUAGACCCCGCUUAACCGACAGUUAGAGGUGCGCUAGCACUUCUUAUUAGUUUGUGGCUAGAGGUAAUAAAACCACAUACAAUUGGCAAAUAAAAUUUCAUUUAAAUAAUUUAAUUUUGGUCAAGUUUUUUAAAGUUAUUUCUGUUUGAAUAGUGAUUCUCAUAACGCACUUAACGGAAACCACAAGUUUUUGUUAUUUGUCGUAUACUCGUACUAUUAUCGUUCAUGCAUAAACUAUUUUUUGCUAAAAGUUGUAAUUCCUUACAGUUAAUAAGCUAUAUAAAAUAUAGUAUAUGAACCUAUUUAUUUAUUUAAACAAUUAAUAAAUGAUAUUUAUAAUUAAGGCUGUGAGUAUUUAAUGAAUCACUGUAAAAUUGCCCGAAAAGUAAUUAUAAUAUAGUUAAUGUAAAACUAUUUAAGCUUGAAAUUGAAUUUUCGUUAAGAAAUAAAGAAUUUACAUAU